GGCAAUCUGAAGCCAGGAUCCUCUCCCAACAUACUGCUUGUUUUUUUUUGUUUUUUUAUUUUAUUUUUUAUUUUUUAGUUGAUACAUCAUUCCAUUUUUUUGUUAUAUAUUCUUCAUAUGAAAUUUGGGGACACAAUGAAAGCCAAUGCAUUCCGGGUGCAUUCUUGCUGCUGGCUGGGACUAUGAUUUAUCAGCAGCUUUGUUCUCAUGACAGACCUGCGCUCGUUCACUCUCACUUACACACCGGGAGCGAGCGCUGAAUUCUCCUUAACUUUCCUGCAUCUUCGACGACCCCCGCUGCAGCAGGUACUUUGUGCACCUGAGGUGUGUGAGCAGCCAUGUGGAGCAGAGGACGCGCGUCUCUACUUGUCUUCAGCCUGCUGGUGCUCACUGCUGUGUGGACGACCAGAUCAGUGAAUGCCGACGCCGCAUCUGAUGCCUUCAAAACCAACAUCACCCUGUUCACGCGCAUCCUGGACAGCCUGCUGGAUGGAUACGACAACCGUCUACGGCCUGGUCUUGGGGACAGGGUGACUGAGGUGAAGACAAACAUCUAUGUCACCAGCUUUGGACCAGUUUCAGACACAGACAUGGAGUACACCAUAGAUGUUUUUUUCCGGCAAAGCUGGAAGGACGAGAGGUUGAAAUUCAACGGGCCGAUGAAUAUUUUGCCUCUCAACAACCUGAUGGCGAGUAAGAUCUGGACUCCAGACACCUUCUUCCAUAAUGGGAAGAAGUCUGUGGCUCAUAACAUGACCAUGCCUAAUAAACUGUUGAGGAUCAAAGACGAUGGAACACUGCUGUACACCAUGAGGUUAACUGUGCAUGCAGAGUGCCCAAUGCAUCUGGAGGAUUUCCCCAUGGACUUUCAUUCCUGUCCACUAAAAUUUGGCAGCUAUGCCUACACAAUCUCAGAAGUGACGUACGCUUGGACGCUCAAUGCCUCGGACUCUGUGGUGGUGGAAGGAGAGAGCUCGCGUCUCAACCAGUACGACCUGCUCGGGCAAACGGUCGGACAGGAAACGAUCAAGUCGAGUACAGGUGAAUACACCGUGAUGACAGCUCAUUUCCAUCUGAAGAGGAAGAUUGGCUACUUUGUCAUCCAGACUUACCUCCCAUGUAUCAUGACCGUCAUUCUCUCCCAAGUGUCUUUCUGGUUGAAUAGAGAAUCAGUACCAGCCAGGACUGUGUUUGGUGUAACUACUGUCCUCACAAUGACAACACUGAGCAUAAGUGCGAGGAACUCACUCCCCAAGGUCGCUUACGCCACCGCCAUGGACUGGUUCAUUGCCGUGUGCUACGCCUUUGUCUUCUCCGCUUUGAUUGAGUUCGCCACAGUCAAUUACUUCACAAAGCGCGGCUGGGCCUGGGAUGGAAAGAGUGUUGUGACUGACAAGAAAAAGGAGCGAGCGUCUGUCCUCAAGAAGAAUAACGCCUACGCUGUAGCGGUGGCCAAUUACGCACCUAACAUUACCAAGGACUCAGGCACACUUCCAACCAUCGCCAAAGGUGGAGCUAUGGAUCUCAACAAGGCCAGAGCAGACGGCAAAAUGCCAGAAGCCAAGAAGUCGUUCAACAGCGUCAGCAAAAUUGACAGGAUGUCAAGGGUUUUGUUUCCGGUUCUCUUUGGCAGCUUCAAUAUCGUCUACUGGGCCACCUACUUAAGCAGAGAACCUGUUAUUAAAGACAUGGUCCCCUCCACUUAAAGACCAACUUCUGAGAGGUUCUGUUUCUGGGGAUUAAGAGACGAACCAAAUACCUCCAGAAACUGUGUACACAUACCUUUGCAGAGUGAAGUCCUGGAUUACAGUGUGAUCCUCUAUCUCCGCCUGUUUUCUACACCGUCUGCCGCAACUUUUGAGAAGCCUGGCUUUUGUAAAUGUGUAUGUAAAUUUAUAUUUAUGGUUUCAUGGUGACAUAUCGUGUGAUUACUUUGGUUAGAGUGCAUAUUUCCUUGAAAGUAUGUUUCCAGUUACAGUAUGUGGCCACUGUACAUACAGAUAAAAAAAGAGUAGUUGCAUAAACACUAACACAUACAUUUUAUUUAAGAUUACUUCUACAUGUGUUGGGUUUUUCUGGUAAUGGCCACUCUCUUGAUAUUACAGUAUAUCUUUUUUCUUUUGAGUGAAAGGACUGCUCAUAUCAUGUUUCUUUCUGUCCGUGCCAUCUAAGAAUGGCUUUUUUCUGUCCAAGCCGAUGCAAAAACACACUUAUAUUAUUGUUACGAUGUAAAAGUUGUUUUAUUAUGACUACAGGUAUGGGACUGGAAUCACACACUGACCUCCAGAAUUAUUGAAACACACAGCCAAAAGAAAAAAUGGCUGUAAAAAAAAGAAAAGAGUAGUGUGCUUGUGAUACAGUGUAGUGCUGCCAGCAUCACAACAGUGGUAUUGUUUGGGAUCAUAGGAGAAUAAGUAGCUGAAAUAUCAUGUUGAGAAGAGCAGACAGCAGAAGGUUCUAAAAGGUUGUUUGUUGGCGUGUUCAAAGCUAAACUAAAACCAGGUUCAAGAUAAAUUAUAAAUUAUUUAUGUAUUUACACUUUGUUUGUGACAUAUGGAAAGAAACAUGUUUACACAUGUGUAUUUUUAAGUAUUGUUAGAAAAACACAUCCAAUACCUAAUAUUGAGGGUGCACAGUCGGUAGGGGUUCUACAGUCAGAUUGUUUUUCCACAGGAAUAUAAUUGAUUAACUUAAAUUUAUAAUUGAACACUAAAAAUUUAAUAUAAUUAUAAAUAUUUUAAUUAAAUUUACAAUGGUAGUCAAGGAAUUGUAUAUGUAACGUGUCAGAACUCAAACAGUAAAUACAAAUUCUAAAAUUUAAAAAAAACUCGAAUUCCACGUUUGAAAAUGCAUUUCAAAUUUUUCGACCACUAAGGUACAACAUUUAGGAAGUGAUAUCUUAAAUUUUCUGCUGACAAAAUGACUAUUCAUGCAUCUUAUAGACACAUGAUAACAUUAUUAUUCCAUUGAGGUUUUAUUUUGCCAGAUCAUGCAAGUUCAGCAGCCAGUCAUCUUUUAGCUCGGUUUUGGUCUCCAUCUACUACCGACAAUGAUAUCUGGCACUUUAUCUUGACUUUCAUUACCUUUGAGGCUAACGUUUUGUGUCUGCCACUUGUUUGCUAGUUUUAAUGUGAAUUAAAUGAAAACAGCUUGAAUCUAAAUUGAUGACAGUGGUGGAGUUUUGGGAUUAGCUUUUGUAAAUUGGUCAUUAUUGGUUUCCCCUCUCACCCGAACAAGUUUAUCAAUUGGCUUUGAAAUUGAUCAAUAUGAACAGAAGAGGUGCUGUUUUACAUGGCAAUAAAAAGAAGACUAUACUACUUCACAAGCAUACUAACAAAUAUUACUAAAAAACAUUAUUUAUUCUUAUGUAUAUAUUUGUAUUUACCUGUACAUCCUUAUUUUACCUAUUUAAUUUUGCAAAGUUCAAGUCCAAAUAAUUUUAUAUGAGGUUUAUAUGUACACAGUCAGUAUUUUACAAGCAUCGUGUGAAAACUCAUUUCAAAUGUGUAAAUCACAGAUUUUUAUUGGCUUUCCCACAGUGGGAAUAACUCUGGAGUACAGUGUGGAUUUGAUGGUGUUAAGUCGAGCGGUGUGACACGUCUGCCCUUACAUGUUUAUGCUCAUCUUCCCUCUCCAGUGUUUAUUUCUAGCACAUUUCACCAUCCCACCACAUAUUUUUGAAAUAGUUGCAGAUUUGAAAAGCAUAGGAUUGUAAACAUAAACCUGCUUUGAGCCCCGUGUCAACUUCCGUGAAUCACGUUUAGAAAUACUCAUAUUACUCUGCUAAUACUUUGAGGGAAAUACUUUGAGGAAGUGGCCUAAGUGAAAGGAAGCAGGCAAUUUUCAUCGUGAAAUGAUCAUAGAUCACAGAUUAAUUGCUGCUUACACUAAACUGGACUAACUCAAAAGCCAUAAACAUUCCUCAUCAGCAACAAAAUAACAGGGACACUCAAUGAUUGUACUUUUUUGAGCCUGAGACACAAAAAAUCAUCAAAGCUCUUGGUUGAGGUUAGGGACUGGUUGUUUUGGUUGUGUUUGAAUAUCCAUCUAAUAAUGUUAGAUCAAGUAAAUCAGUUAUUGUUUUGUAGAAGAUAGAGUUGCUCUUUCAUAAUCUCUGCCAUGUUCACUGUAUGUUGAUGAGACAAAUCGUAUUCUGCCCCAUAUCAGUAGCCAUAUACAGGAUGUUUUUACAUAAAGUGAUAUGAUUUUUGCUUCACAUCAAUAUCUCUGCUCAGUUUAGCUUAAUUUGAUAUUUGAGUCAAACUUUGCAUGAAGAUGAAAUCCCAGAGUUUUAUUUAUUUUUUGUCAACUAUGUUGUCGGAUAGAAUUAUUUUUAGCUCAGUUUUUAUUCCAACAUCCUGAUAGAAUAUGAAACAUUCCAGAUUAAAUGAUUGUUCACGAGGUGGAUGCUUGAUUCAGUGCACAGUUUCUAAUAAAACACAUAUCAUUUCAA